UGGCCAUUUAAAGACACGCAUUCGCAGUUUUACCUUUUUCGUUUACGUACAUUCUGUGCGAUGCUUACCAAAGUGUUCAUCAUUUGUUUCCUUCCCGUUUUCGUGUCAUGGUGGCUAUUCCAAACGUGUUGUCGCAUGCUUCGCAUCGCACGUUUAAUUGGGGCGAAACGAGCAUCAUACAGUAAACCACCGCCUAAAGGACCUCGACUGACGGACUUUCCUGUUGAACUGUUGGAGCACAUCAUAUCGUUUCUUCCGCUAUCCGAUCGUAAGUCAGCGUCGCUGGUAUGUCGCUUGUGGAACGAGGUCGCCUUCAGCCGUCGAUUUCUGCGCAACGUAGCACUCAAACUGACCAAAAGCCGAAGACGCUGCCAGUGCAACCACCUGCAAAGAAGCAUCCGCCGAUAUCGGAACGUGUUUAUCAGCUUCGGAUGGGUGACAUGCUGCGAGUACGAUUUCGUAAUGAUCACCGAAGUUUUGGACAGGUUUGGUGAGGGUCUGGAUAGCUUCCACUGCAUGACUAACCUCACCGAAGAACAACUGUGGACGGUGAUGAGUCGUGCGCCAAACCUCCAGCAGCUGGUAGUCGGAUGGGAUGAUAAGGCCGUGAAUCAACUGGGGCUCAACUUUCCGGUGUUGAAGCAUCUGACGGACUUGGGAUCGUUGGGCAAUGUGCUGAAGAUCCCAAGCCUGAACGUACCAAAGUUAGUUCACCUGAGUGCAAACUUCACCAAACGAACGGACGCGGAAGCAUCGAUGGCAGCUCUACAUCGGUUGGGUCAACAACUGAAGAGCUUGGAACUGUUUUCAACAGAAUAUUUCAUUCCAAUCAGCAAGCUUCAAUUUCCUAAUGUUAGGGUACUAAAACUGAAAGGGAAUAUUUGUGAGGCGGCUAGUGAUUGUGCAUUGGGACGUUUCUUUGCCGGAUUCCGGAUUUUGAAAGAAGCUAAACUGUAUUUCGAUGUUAAAGUGUCGGUGCUGGAAAUAAUAACAAAGACUCAUCCGGAGAUUGAAAAAUUGCAUUUCGAAAAUUUUCCAUUGAAGUUGCAUUCAUUUCGCUUGUUGAGUCAACUGAGUUAUUUGAAGAAUUUGAGCAUCGUUGGAAGCAUCGAAUCCCGCAUUAGUUUGAAAUGCAAACCAUUAGUAAAGGUUGAAAAGUUUUGCUUGGAAUUGUACAACCUGAUGACAAGCAUGAGCGGCGAAGCCAGUGUCAUUCGAAGUUUUCGGAAACUGCUACCCAAUGUAACUGAUAUGAGCAUAAUACUGACGGAACAUAACACACCCAAGUGUGUUCUGGAGCAUGUCUGCCGUAAUUUUCCCCACUUAAAGAAGCUUACUAUUACCAGCGACCAUAAAUAUUGUCAGAUCAGUAGUUUGGAAGCUCUGCGUCACCUGGAUUGUCUGGAAGAACUUACCCUCAAGUGCAUCCACACCACGAUGUCGCUAAUGCUGCCGAACAAAUGUUUGCGGCGACUGACGAUCGACGAUUGUCCCCUAUUGAUCGACGAAGACCUCCUAAUGCUCUCGGAGUCGUAUCCGAACCUGAAGUAUCUGGAGCUGGCCUGGUGGCGUAGCACCCAAGUGACGUCGUGGGGCGUGGAAGAGUUCCGAUCACGUCUGACGGACUGUGUAGUGCACUGCGUUCAGUAUGCAAUCAGUUUCAUGGAGGAUAUCCGCACAACCUCCGAAGCGAGGCGAUUGAUAUACAGUCACUUUGCCGAGUUGCUUCAUCCUCAGGUUUGAAUCGAAUUGUGGUUUGGGGCAGCAAUGCACGUCACAAUGCUUUUCAAAUGACGUCCGACCAUCAUAUUUCACUCGCAAUGCCAUAUUUUACCCAUUUUGCAAAUAACCUUUUUUCCGUUGAAUUGAAGAGAAAACAUUAGGAUCGCUUGCCAGUUGUUUUUAAUCAACGAUGAUAUUAAAGUCCUACAUAAUUGAAAGUUUCCCAUGCCAUAUUAUAAACUAGCAAUUAUAAACCGAACCAAAUAAAAAUAACAACUUGAAUCACGCAAUGUUUAAAAGUUAUGAUUUUCAAGUGAAAUAAUAGCCUUCCAGUAUUGCUUUGCAAUAAAAUAAUUAAAUAUUUCCUCGAGCAUGUAAAAAGCCAACAUAUGCGUUACGGAGUCAUAAAAUUAUUCCCAAAACUAACGCCUCUAGCUGUGGAAUGCUGAGUCGUUUUAAUUUUAGUACACAUUGAAGUGGAAGCACUAAGUCAAACAUUUUAAAAGAUCACUUAACAUCAAUUUCUUAGAUACUAUCCGAUGAUAAUAACAUCAUAGCCCGGAAAAAAUCACUCAAACUUCAUCAGUAUGUUGUCAGUGUUCUCGUUGUGGGUGUUUUUUCAACAUAUUAAAAAAAUCAUCGGUUUUAAAUAACAUUGAAAUACACGACAAUUAAGCUCAUGAUAAUUGAUUAUAUUAUUUAUUGUGGUUGUUGUGAACACAAUCAUGCUAGUCCCGCAAUUAUCAUCUCAAGCUCAAGAUUUCUGAAUCGGUUCAUUUAUUGUUCAGCUCACACUUUAUUAUCAUUCAAGCUUAUUUCGAUUUCCAUGCCCGUUUGAAAACCAGACACAGAUUGCUGCUUUCAGUAGAGCAAUCUGUUCCAAAAAAAACAUCGUUUCAAUUCUAAUUUCCAAUCGAGCAUGGCAUCUCGGAGGUAAAUUGGCGAUGCCCCUGACGUAUUGAAACAAUUGACUUUAAUUCCAGCGGGUGGUUUCUAGAGGUCUUGCAGAUAAUCACAAUAAGCUGCAGAAAAAACUACGACCGGUGAGAAACGAUUUUUAAACAAGGUUUUUAAUUUCCAAUAUGCAUUGAUAGCGGCCUUGGCCAAGUGCGAAGCUGCUGAAAUAUACACGUCCCAGAAUAAAUUCUUUUUCGAUUAAAACGCGAAAUGUAACUAUAAAUAUGAGCAACGUUAAGAUUUAUGAUCGCUAUGAACUAAGCAACAUUUUGUUUUAAAAAUAGUGUUUUAAAAAUAUGCAAGAGUCAGUUUGGAUAAGUUGAAAGUUCUUGAAAAUUAAUUAUAAAAUACUUAAAGGAAAAAGAUCCUUUUUGUUCAUCAUUAGCAAUUUUUAUGCAAAACAUUGUUUUCUCAUUAGAGUGAACUUUCAAAACAGUAUUAAAUUUAUUGUGGCGGCGUUGAUGUAGUCGCAAUCAAUCCUCGAAAGUGGAUCAAAGCCAUUUUAAACCAACUAUUACACUGUUUGUCGGACGACAAGGGGGAAAUGGCCAAAAAUGGAAUAGCUAAAUAAAUAAAGUAAUAAUGAAAACCAUUUGAGCAAACGCAAAGGGGUGUAAGUGACAAAA